CUCGCGCCGCCCUCCUGCCUCGCCUCCCUCUCCCCCUCGACCCGCGACCUAGCCCCCGCGACCCUCGUCCCGCCGCCGCCGCCCUCCUGCCUCCUGCCUCCAAGCCCUAAGCCCCUGCCGGAUCCGCCCCUCCCCAAUUCUUCGCGGUCAAGAAGCGGAGGCCCUCAUCGCAGCAUGGGAGCCCCGGGGCCGCCAAGGGGUCCCUGGUCCGGUCCCCUCCCGCCGUGGCGGCGGUGGCGGGGUCGUCGUCGGCCCUGGCCGGCUCCCCCUCAGGCGCCCGGAGCGAGCUGCACGCGGAGCCCCACGGCCUCCGCCUCGAGGCGGACGACGCGGGAAGCGAGUGCGAUGGAGGUGAUCUUGCGCACCUCCAUCGUCCACCAGCUGCUCGAGAUGGAGUCCGUGGCCGGCGAGAAGACCAGCAGCGUGGCGGACAGGCCCGUCGUAAGCCAUGUAUGAGCAGGGUGUUGGCCGCUCGUCCUCUGUCCCGAGUUUAGGUUGCCCGUAUGAGAAAAGAGAGAAGGGGAUUAAUCUUCCUCUGCCAGAUCUGAGAAAAAAGAGAAAAGGAUGAAUCUUGAGGAAGAGCUUGGUGAAGAACAAGGUUCGAGGAUGUAAAUCUAUCUGAUAUGUUGUUGAUGGGGAUUAAGAUUAUUGUAUUGACAUAUCUGAAAGUAUUCUACUGACAUAUCUGAGAAUUUUAAUGAUCUACCAGCAACUAGGUGUUAAGCUUCAGGCUGGGUGCAUGUUUCUUUUUGUCGGAAACAAAACAGGCUCGUGCACCUGUUUUCCUUUUCCCCUUCGAUGGGGUCGUUCAGUUGAGGUGAAGCAAGCAAGCACCUCCCCGUGCCUUGCAUACCAAGGAGAGAGCGAGCCAUUGCAGAGGAGAGGGGAUACGAGGGUGGGCAGAGGUCAGGCAUUGCUAACAGAUUUGCGGCGGAGUGGGAAGCCGGCGCCUCAUCACUGGCUCAUGUUUGGCAUCGGCAAAGAGAAAGCUGCCGAGGAUGUGUUGCUCUAUGCACGGCUGUCGAUUUUUCAGUGGCUUUCUCCAUUAGAAUGUUUCUCGUCAACGACCAUAUCAACCUGUCUGGUGUUCGCACAUGUCAUUUUGGUUGAGAGCUCGAGGCAGAGAUGGCGGAGCUCGGGCGAGCUCGAGACUAUGGAUCCAGGGCUUGAGUGCUCACGGGAUGGAGGCAGGGAAGGGCGCCCUACGGGAAGUGAUUUAUGUGCUCCUUGAUCUGGCUUUUUAUAACUGAUGACAUCUUACAUUGUUGUCUUUUACCGAUUAACUGGUUAACUCUUUUCCUAAAUGGUCUUAGAUUUCUGCUUUCUAUUUGCGCCAGUUUCUUUUUACAAGAGAUGAGAUCUUACACAAUAUAUUUUUGCCUUGGUUGAUCUAAUUAAGAUUUUCCUUCAGCGCGUGCAUAUGAUGUGAAUAUAAAGCUAUUUGGAAGAACAUAUCCAUGGGCGAAAAAAUAUUAUCAUGUAUUUUGUCUGUCAUUUUGCUUGUGUUGAUGUAAUUUAUUGAGCUUUUUCACACGUCAUGAUAUUAUGCCUUAAUUUCUACUAGGCUGCUUUUACAUUUAAAAUUCAUUGUACAAACAUUAUUUACCUAAUUUAUGGAAACAAUAAAUUUGUAGCUUAGGUCAACUAGGAGAUGAUGUAAACCAAGUCACUCACCAGUUUAAGAUGGUAUGUUCUGAACUUUCAUUGCUUUAUGAAUGGACAAACGAUGUUAGAUAUGCAUGCUACUACAGUUUAGCCAUUUUUCAGUUUUCUACAUGAGCCACAGUGCCGAAGCCUUUGGACAGGCACUUUGUGGUAGAAUGUGUCAAACAUAGGUCUGUUUGCUAGAAUAUGUGUUGUGCCGAUGCUGCAACUAGCAUACGCAAAAUCACUUUGCUAUAUAUUUUUCAUAAUGCUACAUUCCAUCAAUUAACUGACUUCUUAUUGUUUUGAAUCUACUUACAUAGGUGUUUACAGAUUUACUUUGUUCCAGCGCCUACUUUGGAUCAUAGGAAACUAAAAAAGAGAGGGCGCCGCCACCACCGUCAUCAGGCUGGUCCACAUCCACGCGCUGCUCGGCGUCACUAGGUCACCGGCACAACUCCUCACACCUAGGUCGUUCAACAUUUUCUUCCGCUUUUGGUGCGUCACAUUUAGAGUCUUUCUUUCUCAUUUUACCGUGUUUGCAUGGUAAGAUGUUUGGUCGGAUUUGAAGGUUUGUAACCUUGGCUCCAAAGCUUCAAGCUCUUAUAGAAAUUAGAACCGAUGACCUUUUAAAAUGAGUCCUGCAUAAUAGUGUUGUUCAGUGGGAUGCAGAAUUUUUGUUCGUCUGAUCGGCUAUCCUUGAUGCUGAUUAAAGUACUGAUUUCAUCAUCAUAUGACUACAAUAAAUAAGUUGUGUGUAUAAAUAUUA